GUUUUAGCGGCUGCGCAGAGUGCUUUCUCUUUACCGGCCAGGAAGAACAUGGCGGACGUUGAGGCAGCCGCUCCCGGGGACUGCGAGGCGAAACUGAGCAAGAAGUGGUAACGCACCUUGGGGGUUAGGCGCUAUGUGCUGCCAUGGCGCAGGCUCUCCUCAGGCUGUUUAGGAGCCCGGUAUGGGCGCCCAGAGCACUUAAGGAGAAUAUCCUUGGAAAGCAUCUCUCUACUUUCUCUCCUCUCUACAAGGACCAGGCACUUCAUGGGAAAAAAAGUGAGCUGAAACGGCGGAUGAAAGCCGAGAAAAAGGCGGCCGAGAAGGAAGCAAAGCAGAAAGAUCAGAAUGAGAAACCAGAAGCGGAGGUUGUGGACGAGGAAAGUCUUGAUCCCAAUCAAUAUUACAAAAUCCGAACUCAAGCCAUCCAGCAGCUGAAAGGCACCAAGGACGACCCCUAUCCACACAAGUUCCAUGUUCAAAUGUCUCUCACUGAAUUCAUCGCGAAAUACAAUGGCCUUCAGGUCGGCGACCAUUCGGAGGAAGUCGUCACUGUAGCUGGCAGAAUCCAUGCCAAACGUAUCUCAGGGGCCAAACUGAUCUUUUAUGACCUCCGUGGGGAAGGCAUGAAGCUGCAGGUUAUGGCCAACUCUAAAUUUUACAAAUCUGAGGAAGAAUUCUUUGCCGUAAACAACAAGUUGCGACGCGGAGACAUUAUUGGAGUGAAAGGAAACCCCGGCAAAACUAAAAAGGGAGAACUGAGCAUCAUCCCCCAGGAGAUGACCCUUCUGUCUCCUUGUCUACAUAUGUUACCGCAUCUGCACUUUGGUUUGAAAGACAAGGAGACCAGAUUCCGCCAGCGUUAUCUCGACCUCAUUCUCAAUGACUACGUACGGCAGAAGUUUAUUGUCAGAGCGAAAAUUAUCACUUACCUGCGCAGGUUUUUGGAUGAUUUGGGAUUCCUUGAGAUUGAGACUCCAAUGAUGAAUAUUAUCCCUGGAGGGGCUGUAGCCAAACCGUUCAUCACCCAUCACAACGAGCUGGACAUGGACCUGUACAUGAGAAUUGCCCCCGAGCUGUAUCACAAGAUGCUGGUGGUCGGCGGCAUUGACCGUGUCUAUGAGGUGGGCAGACAGUUCAGAAAUGAAGGAAUCGACUUGACUCACAAUCCCGAGUUCACGACCUGUGAAUUCUACAUGGCCUAUGCCGACUAUAACGACCUCAUGGAGAUCACAGAGAAGCUGCUGUCAGGCAUGGUUAAACACAUCACUGGAGCCUAUAAAGUGACGUACCACCCAGAAGGUCCCGAAGGACCGGCCCAAGAAAUAGACUUCACUCCACCAUUCAGGAGAAUCAGCAUGGUCCAUGAGCUGGAAAAGGUUCUAGGAAAGAAGCUGCCACCAACAGACCAAUUAGACACCGAGGAAACCCGCAAGUUCUUAGAUGAUAUCGCUGUGGAGAAAGGAGUUGAAUGUCCGCCUCCUCGGACCACUGCGAGGCUUCUAGAUAAGCUUGUCGGCGAGUUCCUGGAAGUAACUUGCAUUAACCCGACCUAUAUCUGUGACCAUCCCCAAAUCAUGAGUCCACUUGCUAAAUGGCACCGAUCUGAGAAGGGGCUGACGGAACGGUUUGAGCUAUUUGUAAUGAAGAAAGAGAUCUGCAAUGCAUAUACUGAAUUGAACGACCCCGUCCGGCAGAAGGAGCUCUUUGAAGACCAAGCUAAGGCCAAAGCUGCCGGUGAUGAUGAAGCCAUGUUCAUUGAUGACAACUUCUGCACUGCCCUGGAAUAUGGCCUGCCACCUACCGCUGGCUGGGGGAUGGGUAUUGACAGGCUGACUAUGUUCCUUACGGACUCCAAUAAUAUAAAGGAGGUUCUUCUAUUCCCAGCCAUGAAGCCAGAAGACAACAAGAAGGAGCAGAGUCAGGAGUCCGGGACGUCGGUGUAACUUUGGGGAUCUGUCUGCUUUUAAGUUGUUUGUUACGUACUCGUCGGAGGUUCUGUCGACACCACGUUGCAGCUCUUGGCUGCUUUGUACUGAAAAAUAAAUUGUAUAAACUGUG